AUGGAGUCGCAACAAUCGAAUCUCGAAUCCGACCACCGCAAAAACGCCGAUUUAAGCUCUGAAUCGCCGCCUCGGCCGCUCACGGAAAGCGACCCGAGUCAUGAAUCUCCUCCUAAAGCCUCCACCGACGAGCCAAUGAAGAAAAUCGGUACUCCGGAUCGUCUUAGAGUCCCUGUAGCUCUCAAGUACCCAGAGAGGUACAGAAGCCCAACUGAUGCAAUGAUGUCUCCGGUAACUAAAGGUCUUCUCGCGAGGAACAGAAAAGCUUCCGGUUCUCUUAUUCCACCUAGCUUUAACCUAACCAAGAUUCAAGAUCAACGCAAACCGGAAUCCGGUUUAUCUUCCGUCGGUUGCUGA